CACAGUUUGACGGCGGAGCUGUACAAUCUCACGACAUAACGACUUUGUCUUCCACAUAUUGUUACGACUGCCCAUGGUCUCUGGUAGCGAGACCUACUUCUGGACCCCUUCCCCCUAGCAUCGUCUCGACUCAACUCGACUCACGUCAUCCUCGGCGCCCCGUAUUCCAGGUGACCCUCGCGCCAUCUCAACACAGACAAGGCACUCUCGAAUGCGAUAGGACGUGCACCACGUGCAGCCAUACAGGAUGCUGGGCUUCCGGCCGCAGCUCACGGUAGCCAAGCGGAAACCGCAAGCCUACAAUCAGGUCGAGCGCGACCUCGAGGACGGCGAGCUAAACGAUGAGAAACGCUACGAUAGCGACGAUGACGACAGCUACACGUCCUCUGGCGCAUCGAGUCCGUACUCUUCACGAGCAUCCUCCGGCGCCUACGAGGUCAAUCCGAACAAUGCACACGAAGCCCGGCCUCUCGCUCCGAACCGCAAGGCGUCGCGCGCACAUCGAAAAACGCCAUCGAAACCAUCCGUCAGCGCAUACAGCUACCGAAAUCCUCGCGCCUUCACAAGGUACUUUGGACUGGCUAUAGCAAGCACAUUGGUCUUGUUCAUAUGGUUUCUGUUGCACAGUAGCUGGGACUCGAUACGGAACGCAGAGCUCAAGCUGUACAAGUCACAGCCUCCGCCGCCGGUAUGGAAGAGCUUUCCCUUCUUGAAGCGCUACCAUGGGGGGAUACGCACCUUGGUCAGCCGCAAAGAGAACGUAUCAGAGUAUCCAACAAAAGAGGACAUCGACCCUGAGCUGUCCCCAGUGGACACGAGGCAGGAGGCGCCGAAGGAGAAGAGGGCCGAUGGCGCAAAGAUUCCGGACUCGAUACCGUUCAGUCCAUACCCAGACUACAACAGCUUGAAGUAUGUGGAAGAGUAUGGUCCGGUGGAGACGUGCUAUCUGGACGAGAAGGACACAAUCGCUGUCCCUGGACUACGAGUCUACGACGGGGUAACAAAGGGCAUGCCUGACAAUGUCAUGGGAAGUUAUGACCUGCUCGGCCUGAGAGACGACAUUUGUUUUGAGCGCUUCGGACGCUUGGGACCGUAUGGCCUGGGCUACAGCAAGAGGAGGGGAGGCACCGGUGCUGGAAUGGAAGGCGACCGCGAGGGUAUCGAGAAGGUGUGGGAGGCUGUCCCAGAAGUUGACUACCGGAGAGUCAAAUGGGGCAAGGCUGUUAGGCGUUGCUUGGAGAAGAACAAGGCACGCUUCAAGACGGUACCAAAGACCCGCGGCAGCAACGAUUUUCAGGCUAUGGCCACGCAGAAGCGGCAACUAGACGUUGUCCCCCCGACUGACAAUCAGACCGAGUCUGCUCGCCAACAGUCGAAAGCCUCCUACAACAAGGUCCUCUCGCGAACUGCUGUCCUCAUCCGCACGUGGUGGGACUACGAAUAUGACGACGAGGACCUGAUGUAUCUGCGAUCCAUGAUAUCAGAACUCAGUCUCGCAUCUGGUGGCGAAUAUCAAGUACACUUCCUCAUCCACGUGAAGGAUGACAACAAACAGAUUUGGGCCGACGAAAACGUGUAUCAGGAGGUACUGACUAAGUCUCUGCCAGCAGAAUUCGCUGGUAUGGGCACGCUAUGGUCUGAACGCCAAAUGGGUCUUAUCUAUGGUGGUGUGGAAGAGUCUAUGUACCGCGGCCUGCCUGUCCACGGUGCUUACCGUUCGACCUUCAUGCCUGUCACCUACUUCGCGCAUCAACACCCUGAGUUCGAGUACUUCUGGCACUGGGAGAUGGACGUUCGGUAUACAGGUCACUAUUACCAUCUGUUCGAGCAAGUUUCCAAGUGGACUGCAGCACAACCUCGCAAGGGUUUAUGGGAACGCAACGCUCGCUUCUAUGUUCCAUCUGUUCAUGGCUCCUGGGAAGACUUCACCCACAUGGUGCGUGUACAAACCGAGCAUGGUACCAAUAGCAAAGCCAACACCUGGUCAUCCCACCUUCCGCCGAAUCCGCAUGUUGCUCAACCCGAGUUGCAGAAACCUGAGAAGCACAUCUGGGGCCCGGAGAAGCCUCAGGCUUAUCCUGACAUUGAGAUCGACGAGGACGUGAUACCGCCACAUACCUUGAUGGAAGACAAGCACGAGUGGGGUGUAGGCGAGCCGGCCGACCUCAUAGUGUUCAAUCCACUCUUCGACCCGGACCGAACGAACUGGAUUUUGAACGAAGACACUACUGGUUACAAUAAGACGAACGGCCAACCGCCACGCCGAACUGCUAUCAACACAUCAGGCCGUCUGUCACGCCGCCUCCUCGAAACCAUGCACCGCGAGCAGUCUCAUUUCCGUCACACCAUGUUCAGUGAAAUGUGGCCAGGGUCGUGUGCCCUCCACCAUGGUCUCAAAGCCGUCUACGCACCUCACCCCGUCUUCAUCGAUCGCAAGUGGCCCACACAGUAUCUUGCCGCUAUCUUCAACAACGGCAGAAAUGGUGCAUCCGGUGGUGCCAGACUGUCAGUUUUCUCAGACGAGAGACAGCACAACUUCGAAGGCACAACAUGGUACUACAAUGCCGGUUUCGCCCCCAACUUGUGGAAGAGGUGGAUGGGAUACAAUGUCGACAACGACGGUGGUGAGGAGGAGGAGAUGGCUGGCGAGGGCCGCAUGUGCCUGCCUGCGGUGCUCUUGCAUCCGGUCAAGCAGGUUAAUCUGAUUCAGGAACGAGUUGAGGAGGCGACGGGCGCAGCGCAACACGAACAUCCGUAAGUCGAAGGGUCUUUGCAGUUCUACUUCAUCAUUGGUUUCGGCGUUCAUGAGCGUUUGGCUCUAUCAGUACAGCGUUUAUUUCAUCAUAUAGACAUGACUUGGAAUAUUCAUGUCGUUCACGGCAUACAAUAGCAUUUUAAGGCUCUUCGGUGGCCUUGAAUUGUAUGUAUGAUAGUAGAUGUACACUCUAGCG